AUGGCCAAGGUUAGGAAGCUCUUCCCCCCACUAAAGGUUCUUUCGUUAUUGUUUGAAAUCCUGCUUAAAACAACAGGGAGGCUGCCCUAUCUAAGGUUCAAAGUCAGCAAUGAUGCCCCAGCAACCCAAUUCAAAUAUCUUAAGCACUCUUCAUUUGUGCAUAGAACGGAUGAGGUUGCAAACCAGACAUUGGUUUUUCACUUGGAGGGUGCACUUUUGAAGUCAUGUUCACAGUUUCCUUACUUCAUGCUGGUGGCUUUUGAAGCUGGAGGGCUCUUCAGAGCUCUUUUCUUGCUUCUUUUAUACCCUCUUGUUUUGUUGGUUGGCAAGGAGCUUGGACUGAGGAUUCUGGUUUUUGUAAGCUUUGUUGGUAUUAGGAAGGAGAAGUUUAGAGCUGGGACUGCCAUUUUGCCCAAGUUCUUCCUGGAAGAUGUUGGUUGUGAAGGUUUUGAUAUAGUGAUGAGUUUUACAAGAAACGUAGCGGUGACUGGAAUGCCUAAAAUCAUGGUUGAAGGGUUCUUGACAGAUUACUUGGGAAUUGAUGCUGUUGUUGCAAGAGAGUUGAAAGAAUUCGGCGGAUACUUCCUGGGUUUAAUGGAGGAAAAGAUGGAUGCUGGACUCGUUAUAAACCAGAAAAUAAGUACUCAAAAUAUUGGUUUAGGUUGCUUCAGAAAAUCUCAUGAUCAGAAAAUUUUCUCCCAUUGCAAGGAAAUUUACUUGGUGACAGAGGCAGAAAAGAGGACUUGGCAAGUCCUCCCAAGGAAUAGGUACCCAAAGCCAUUAAUCUUCCAUGAUGGGAGGUUGGCAUUUAGGCCAACCCCAUUAGCUGCCUUUGUUAUGUUCAUUUGGCUUCCAUUUGGCUUCCUCUUGAACAUCACCCGAAUCAUUAUUUUCUCAUCAUUUCCUUACAAGUUAUCUAUGCCUUUAUUGGCCUUGUCUGGGGUGAUAAAUACCGUUUCGGAAGCAGAACCUCGCAUUGCUUCAAUUAAUGGUGAAGAAAAACCAGGAGGCAUGCUCUACGUGUGCAACCACAGAACUUUACUAGACCCCAUAUAUGUAACUACCGCUCUCAUGAAGUCUGUCUCGGCAGUCACCUAUAGCAUUAGCAGGUUCAGUGAGUUAAUUUCCCCUAUCAAGACGGUCCGGUUAACAAGAGAUCGAGAGAAAGAUGGGAAAAUGAUGAGGAAGCUUUUAAGCCAAGGUGACCUGCUGGUUUGCCCUGAAGGAACCACUUGCAGAGAACCCUAUCUGCUAAGAUUUAGUCCACUAUUUGCAGAGAUGACUGAUGAAAUAGUUCCUGUAGCUAUAAAAUUGGAGGUUAGCAUGUUCUAUGGAUCAACAGCUGCCGGACUCAAAUGUUUAGACUCAACAUUUCACCUCAUGAAUCCAAAUCCUAUGUGCUUUAUCAAGAUUCUUAACAAGUUACCAACUUGGCAAACACACAAUGCUGGAGGGAAAUCAAGAUUUGAAGUUGCCAAUCAAGUGCAGAAUCAGAUUGCAACAGCUUUAGGAUUUGAGUGUACCGACCUUACAAGGAAAGACAAAUAUGCAAUCAUGGCAGGUAAUGAGGGAAUCGUAUAGGAUGCCAGGACAGCAAUACAAGAAACAUUCUCCCAAAUUUCAUUUAAGCAUAAAACGUUUCCAGGAGAAACAAGUUUCCUGUUUAUAAUACUUAAAGAUGUAGCUACUGAGUGUAAGCCCCGCAGUACUUAUG